GAGAGAGCAGCAGGAGAGCAAAGUUAAUCCAGCGGCUUUUACGCAUCAUGGAGAGCGUCAUCUUCGCGCACUGAUCUGUUUUAUUCAUCUUCUGGAUUUAAUGUGUUCGGCUUGGGAUCUGUGAAGGCAUGGAGUAGUGAAGCGGUCAGGAAGGAUGCCCGAGCAGAGAUGUGCUCCAGCCGGAAGAUCAUCUGGAGUCUACUGGUGCUGUCGGUGCUGGAGAUCGGGCUCGGGGUUUCCAGCAUCGCCCUGGGCGCGGUGGGCAUCAGCCGGGCAAAAGCGCAGCACAAGACCCAGCAGGGCGACGCUUCUCCGGUAUGGAGCGGAGUGUGUUUUCUUCUCUGUGGGCUGUGUGGGAUGCUGUGUGCACGGAAGAGGACAGGACUUAUUAUGAUAUUGUUUUCGUCCUGCUGCAUUUGUGGGUUGAUCUGCGGCAUCCUGAACUUCCAGUUUGUGCGAGCGCUGGUCAAGCGUCCGGACACCAUGCGCUCUCUCCAUCUGGCCGUCAUGUCUCUGGCGUGUUUGGGCAUCAGCAGCUGCACUCUGUCCACAUGGCUGACCUGCAGACUGGCCAGCAGCGAACAGCAGCGCAUGUUUCUGGAGAGAGAGCAUUCGCUGCAUCACUCGCAUGAAAUGGCAGAGAAGGUACGCCUGGAGCCGGAGGUUUUGGACAACACCAGCAACGGCAUCUCUCAAAUCUCCUACAGUGGACGCAGCGCCUCUCCAUGACAGAUCUCCACCCACUCGCUCCACACAGCACAAGCCUCACCCCUGAUUGGCUGAGCCGGCUGACAGCGCUUCACUCUGACUGGCUGAGUCCGACUGACAGCGCUUCACUCUGAUUGGCUGAGUCGAGCUGACAGAUGACAUUCUCCAGUCAGUGUCCAUUUACCUGACGACCUCAGUGUAGGUCAGAACUGAAGACCUUGACAACCAGCGCUCGGAAAUCUGACAUCCGAGUCCGAAAACAAGCAUGCAAAAAUCUCUCCUCUCUCUCUCUCUUCUCUCUCUCUGUGACUCUUCAUAUUAGGUUUUUAUUCAGUCAAAAAAUGACUUCUGCUGCUUGUUGAAACUACUUAUUUAACCCUUGUGUGCUGCUGGGGAUGUUUUCAUCCACUCUGGGGUGAUUUUGAGUCUAAAUUUGGCCACAACUUUCUCUGUGUUUCAGAAAAUUGAACGAUUUUUGCUGACAAAUCUUAUUUUGACACAUAUUUUGGAGAAAGUGCUUUGAAAUGUAAAAAAAAAAAAUUAAAUUAACAAUACACUCUGGGCAAAUUGGCUACCCUUUCAUUAUGUUGGGGGCUGUUUUUGCCCCAUUGACUUCCAUUAUAAUCAGAGUUUUUGAUUUCAAAGCCAUGACAGCAUAUAAUCAUGCAGUCUUGACAGAUGCUGGCUUCCGCUAUUGGGAAGAGGUACAAUUCGUCAUUUUUACU